GAGUGGCGAGUCUCAACAGACCAAAGCAAAACGCUCUCUUGUCACAGACACAUUUCCAAACCAAGGAUAUACAAGGACUAUCUGAUUCUGCGUGGGAUUUAUUUGCCUGAACCAUAUCUUCGGAAUAAAGCACAAUGACUUUGAACAAGGGUGACAAAUUGAGGAACAUGGACAAGAGGAGAGGAAGUGUGCCAUUCCCUAUGAAUCUACCCAACCUUCACAGGAGAAGCAUGCCCGUGGACGACAGAGACCUGCGCGCCACGAUGCCUCAAACUGGACAGACUGACGAGCUGUCAAACCUGCUCCGCUGCACCUCGUACUCCCCCAGCGACCAGCACAGAGGCAGCUGCGCCUCCGAUUCCUCCGACUCCGUCAUCUCCACAGGAAGCGAGACCGACUCUCAGGUGUACAAGGUGGUCCUCCUCGGGGAGCACGGUGUUGGCAAGUCCAGCCUGGCGCGCGUGUUCGGCGGAGUUGAGGAUGGAAGUCACGACUGCGAUGAAGCAGGAAACACUUAUGAUAGAUCUAUUAUCGUGGAUGAAGAGGAGGCAUCCAUUCUCCUCUAUGAUGUUUGGGAACAGGAUAACAGUCAGUGGAUGAAGGAGCAGUGCAUGAAGAUGGGAGAUGCCUACAUUAUUGUGUAUUCAGUCACAGACAAGGCGAGCUUCGAGAAGGCCUCAGAGCUGCGGAUUCAGCUGCGUAGAGCCAGGCAGUCAGAGAACAUUCCCAUAAUCCUUGUGGGCAACAAGAGUGACCUGGUGCGGUCCAGGGAAGUGUCUGUAGAUGAGGGUAGUGCCUGUGCAGUAGUAUUCGACUGCAAGUUCAUUGAGACAUCAGCAUCUCUCCACCACAAUGUGCAGGCCUUAUUUGAAGGCAUUGUCAGACAGAUCCGCUUGAGGAAAGACAGCAAAGAGGAAAAUGCAAGACGCAUGGCUAACUGCAGGCGUCGAGAGAGCAUCAGCAAGAAAGCCAAGCGCUUCCUGGGUCGAAUGGUCGCACGCAAAAACAAGAAGAUGGCGUUCAGGCAGAAGUCCAAGUCCUGCCACGAUCUGACCGUCCUCUGAGGAGCACAACAAAAGAUGGACAUUUUCUCUUUGGCCUCUGAAGACCAGAUGCUGUGUGUGUUUUAACACUAACCCUAAGGACUACUAGAGCUGUACAGAAAUAUAUUUUUUAUUUUUAGACACCAAGAAGCAAAAAGUGGACUUGAAAAAACAAUUGUGUCUGAUGUAACUCAUAAGUCAUAUCAUGAAGUGGUGGUAACCUGCAUGAAGCUUGGCGAUCAUGUGUUUUAUUCUGUUCAGAUUGCCUUAAGACAUUGCUUUCAUUAUAUGGUCAUCAUGUAUGGAUAGUAGUGAAUCUUAAAGACUGACAUACUCUAGGGGUGGGUUUUCUAAUAGUUCUUGUUGUACAUAUUGUAAGCUAUGUCUGCUGAACAUACAUCUCAUUGUUGUUAAAGACACGUAAACGGAUCCCAGGGUCAUUUUCAGUCAGAUUUACUUGAAGCGUGGUGCGCAGGUCGUGCCUCUGCCCAAUCUCUGAGGCCCCGUCAAAUCUGCUAUAUGUUAUUUCAUUUCCACCGAAUUCAGGUUGUGAAUGUAAAGUAAAGCAAUAAG